AUGGCCAGCCAGGUCAUCCACGCCUACCGGCACCUGUACCGCGGGCUGCUCCGGGCGGUGCAGUACUCGUCUCCGGCGCGCUACAUUGCCCGCGACCAGCUGCGCGCGGCGUUUGCAGAGGCGCGGGCACUGGACGCCGAGGGCGUGAAGCGCACCUUGUGGUUUCUCGAGGCGGCCCGGAGGGAGAGGGGGCUGGAGCACUCGGUCUUGAAGAAUCUGCUGAGGGUGAGGGGGGAGAGGGCCCGCGACGUGAGGAGCUGGAGGGCGCUCUUGCACAGGAGGACGCAGAAGGACGGCAUGAGGGAGGAUAGCGCGACGGCACUCGAGCACUAUGAUAUGACGGUUGCCAUGUUGAACAGGAGCAUGGGGCUUUGUCUGCGGUGA